AUGUUACUUUUAUUCUUUCUUUUGCGUACAGAUGUUCGAUAUGAAAACACUGCAAACCACUAUUGGUCAUUUAAAAGAGUGGUUGGGAAAUCAUUUAUCUUCGAUCGUGGUCCAGACCGUAAUACACUGACGCGAUCGAUAUAUGACAGAUUAUCGCUUUUCGAUAGUAAAUUAAGUAACGCUGGUCCAAUUUACAAUGACUUAAAUAACAUGAAGAAAUCUUUAUUUAUAUCCUUAAAUGGAACCCUGCCAGAAAAAAGAUUAACUACUCCCGGAAUUCAUGAUACUCAAGAUAGUAUUCACAUUACUUUAAAUGAGAAUGAAAGUUGUAUUUGCUUGCUGAAUGACAUUACACGUGAACGAUAUUACUUUAAACAGUGUUUGCUAGACAUUAAUGAAUGUGAUUAUGGAUUGAGUUUGUCGAUUUGGCUUCAAUUCACGACAGAAACAUUCAAUCCAAAAGAAGUCCUUAUAUCAACAGCUCCAGAAAAAGGAAAAGGCUUUUCUCUUUUAAUUAACAACGGGAUGUUAGAAUUUGAACUGAGGACAACAGAUACCCUUUGGAAAGUUAACAGUCCAAUUACAAAAACAUUAAAUCAAUGGGUUAAUAUUGGUGUUGUAUGGGGUAAAAGUGCACAAAUGAUAAAAGUAAAGCAUUAUUUAUUAACAGAAAGAGUUGCAGAACCAUUAGUUCCUCAACCAACUAAAACCACAAAUUAUGCAGACUACACAAAUGAAGUUGAAGAGCUUACACCAGCUGAGGAAAUUAGUGAAACUUUAAAUCCAAUUUAUUUAAUGGCAGAUUAUUACAAUCCUUUAUUGGUUUUACCAUUAAAUUAUACAAAACACGAUAUUGAAUUGGUAGCUGAUCGUUCUAAACUGAAAACUGCUUAUAAGUUAACAUCAGUUAGAAGUUGUUUUGAAAUGAAACUCUUUAAUGUGAAAACUUGUCCCGGUAAUAUAAGUCUUUGCACUCGAGGUUUAUCUAUGGGAGUAUGGUUAAACAUACCGGAUAUUUUAGAUACUACUGUUGGUAUACUAGAUAUUUUAGAAUUAGUCAAUGGUAUCACUGUGUCAGUUUAUAACAAUUAUAUCAAUAUUUUCGUUAACUCAAAUAUGGGUCUAGUUGUUUUUCGUGUAUACAGUAUGAUACCGAGAGAUAUCUGGUUCAAUAUUGGUAUAAGUUUAUCAAACUUUAUAGAUCCUACUGCAUCUGUAUACUUUAAUGGUAUUUCAAUGCCUGUUGAACAAGUUAUGCCACCAACAGGAACUCCACUGAAAAGAACUGAUCGUUGUUUAAAUGGGCUAAUUCUGGGCAGCUCAAAAAUUGAACAAAGUGCUACUGGCAUCGCUUACAAUGAUUUUAUUCUAUGGUAUAGAUGGUUGUAUUCGUUUGAGUCACAUCAUUUUGUGGGUUAUACAAGAGCACAACAAGCUAAUCUUCAUAAUGCCAGCUAUUAUUGGACACCUGAUCCUUAUAUAUUUUAUGAUAGUAAUGCACAAAUACAAGUCAGACAGAAAUAUAAAUAUUUACAACCAGAAAAUGAUUAUUCAUUAACAGGUAUACCUGGUUAUUCAUUGGCAUCAAUUUAUCGUCCAAAAUUUGUCAAAUUUCAUUUCAGUCAUGAUGAUUAUGAGAAUAAAUCAAAAGUACCUGUACUUGAAAUGAAACCACAACAUUAUAUGAUGUUAGGACAGCGUAAGUCAUCUGAGGUGAUAUCAACGAAUUUAAUAUGGACUGGGAAAUGUUUAAUAGAGCCAAGUCUAUCUGCUUGUAGUGCACGUGGAUUCUCAAUGUCAAUAUGGAUAAAAUUAUUAUCUGUUAGCCAAGAUCGCAUAAGAUUUUAUUUAAAUUCUGGUGACGGAGGAACAAGUUUAUCAACAAUGAGUUAUUGUCGAGGAAUAUCAAUAUAUAUUGACACAUCAUUGAUUGGUGUUUCAAUUUCACAGUUAUCAUCGACAUGGCAAUUAGUACUGGAUUCGAGUAGUUAUAAAAUUGGACAAUGGAUUAACAUUGGUAUAUUAUGGCGAGGAGAUGUCGGGUUAACUCUGUUACUCGAUGGUGUCAAUUAUGGAAGUAUACUUUCAAACGGUCAGAAAACUUACAAACCACGUGAAUCACCACCAUAUCUUGUGCUUGGACGUUAUGAUACAGAUAAUCAAGCUGCAUGGUUGUCACCUUCUGAUGCAGAUUAUGCAGCUAAACAAAACAGAGGAAAUGAACCUCAAUGGGAAAUGAGUCACUAUGUAUUAGGUGAUAUAGUCUAUUUCAAUAGAUUUUUAAGUCAUAAAGAAUAUAAUGAACAGAUUGGUUUGUUAGGAAAUCCAUAUCUACGUAAUAUACUUGGUAAUGUUUGGUUUGGUAGAAAUAUGAUUAGUCCACCUAUAUCUGAAAUUAUGGAAGCUGUCUCGAGAAACAUUUCAAAACCUGGACCGAUUCUUAAUGGAGUGUCAAGUUCAGUACUACUUUUACGAAAUCCUGAGGCAGUACAGCUAUCAGCGGGUGGUUCUCUACGUCUAGGCACAUUUAGAGUAAACGGAUGCCCAUAUAAUUUACAAAACUGUCAACAGAGUUUAAGUAUAGGUGGUUGGUAUCGUUUUGGAGGACAUUUUACAAAACCAACUGAUAAUCAAAUUGAACCAAUAAUAUUAUUUAGUGGAUCUGGUGGAGAUUAUGGUUUAACUAUAUCAUAUAAUGGUGCAUUAUUAGGUGGUUGGUUACAAUAUAAUAUAAUCCAAAAUAAUACAAUAAUACAAAAUUAUUGGUUAUGUAUUGCUGAUAAUUUACAAAUUGGUUUAAAUCAAAAAAAUAUGCAAUGGAUUCAUUUUAGUUUAAUUUGGGGUAUGAAUAAUAAUAAUAAUAAUGAAUACGUUUUACAAUUAUUAAUUAAUGGAUUAAUUAUCAUAGAAUGUAAUAAAAAUAUACAAAUCAAUAAUUUAUUAUAUCAACAAUGGAUUAAUCAAGCAAUUGAAAAAUCUAAAAACUUAUUUAAUGAAACUAAUACAAAUAAACAAUCAUUUUUAUUAAUUAGCUCUAAGACAUUAGAUCCAAUUCAAGAGAUAACAUUUUCAAUUGCUUUAUUAAUAUUACAACCAAAAUAUUUAACAUUAACUAGUUUAAUGGAUUUAAUUGGUAUGGAAUAUUAUGAAAUAAUAGAAUUAUUAUAUUCAACAUUUUAUUGGCAAAUGUCUGGUUUAUUAUAUCAAUUAACAUCAAAUCGUAUAAAAAUAAUUAAUUCAUAUUAUGGACGUGAUCAAUAUGAUAAUCCAAAUGGUGCAUUAUGUACUGAAGGUAAUGAUUUAUCAUAUAUUAUAUUGAAUGGUGAUAAAAUUGGAUUAAAUGGUGAAAUGACUAAUUUAUAUGAAUCAUGUUUAUAUGAUCCAUCUAUAUGUAAACGUUAUGGUUUAAGUUUUCGAUUUAUAUUACUUGAAUUACCAAAUGAAUUAGAUGGAAUUCAUGAAAUUCUACGUACAACACCAAUAAAUAGUAUAAUAAAAACUGUUGGAUUACGUAUGUAUUUAUCAUCAGAUCAAAAUGAAUUUAUUGUUGAAAUACGUAGUCAAUAUUUAACUUACAAAUAUUCAAUAAAACGUAAUUUUAUACUACAACCUGGUAAAUGGAUAAAUAUGCAAAUAUUUUAUUAUCAAGAUCAUCCAUUAACAAUACGUGUUGAUGGUAAUACAAACACAUCUAUUGAAAAUGGAACAAUUAUUAAUGAAGUAAAUGUUAAGUUAUCAACUGAUGCAAGAUUAAAACAAAAUUUAAUGAUUGGACGAGGUUUAAAAAUGUGUAUAAGCUCAAUGACAUCAUAUGAUAUGUCAAGUGAAAAUAAUUUUGACUUAUUAGCCAGCACAGCUAAUUCACAAAUAUGUUAUACAAAUAUGGAUAUAUUUGAACCAUUACAAGGAUCAAUAAAUGAUUAUAAAAAUCAUACAAAUUCUGCAUCUAGAUUAGAAAAUUUUAUUAGACCAUUAUCAUUUCCAUCGGCAUCUUGUAUUCAAUAUCCAGAUAUAUGUAGCAAGAACGGUAUGACUAUGUCAAUGUGGAUAAUGAUUAAUGGAUUUGUCAAUGAAUAUGGAGAAAAUCUUGAUGUGAAGAACAAUGAAAGCCUGACUGCAAUAAUUUUGUCUACUGGUUCACCCAAUAAUUCUGGAAUUUUAAUUCAAGUCAGCGGUCAAUUAGAAAAUGAGGAAUUGAAACUGUCAUUAAAAACUAGUAUUUACACUCGAAAUUAUUUAUGGCUAGUUGAUUCAAACAAUGCAUUGGAAUUAGGUCAAUGGACAAAUAUAGCAUUCAGUUGGUUUAGUCAACCAGAAGAUAACAGUGGUUCACUUGGAAUUUAUAUAAAUGGUUUACUUAAACAAUCUUCAACAAUACCGACUUCUGUGUUGAAUAUGAACACAGAGUUAAAUGAUACUUCUAAAGUAUUUAUUGGUUCUGCAUAUUACAACUGGAACAAAAAUACAACUGAUUCAGUCAAUAAAGUAUUUGCCACCGGAGGCAUUGCAAAUUUAGCAUAUUGGGAAAGCAAAAAUGUUAUCAGUUGUUCAAAGCCUAGAAAAACAAAAAAAUUCUUACUUGAAGAUUGUGAAAGUGAUAAUGACAUACCAGAAACAGUUACAUGCGUUAUGAUGCAAGGUUGUAGACAAGUUGACGGUCUCGUGUGUAUGGAUGAAACACUAUCAAAUCUUAUUCGAAUGGCAAAUCAAGCAAAUAAACUUAUUUAUCCAUCAGAUUUUAUGAAAGUUUUACAAAUUAAAAAUAUUUCCAAUAAUAAUAAUGAUCAAAACAAUGAUAUAUCAUUUGCUUUAAAUGUUUUAUCAUCUACAAUGAAUAUAAUACACUCAUGGUUUAAAACAAUUGAAACAUUUACAAAUACUAUAGAUCAAUCAUUAAUUAAUGAAAUUAAUUCAAUAAAACAAAAUAUUCAUUACAUAAUAAUCAAUUUAAUAAAUCAAUUAUUAUCAUCACAGUUUAAACCUAUAUGGUUACAAUUAUUACAAGAUAACAUCAUUAAAUAUAAUAAAUUAUUACCUGAAUUAAACAGAAUAUUUUUAUUUAUUUCAAAUAUCAAUGAAUAUAGUCAAUUAAAUUCAUGUUAUACAUUGAGAAAAUUAAGAAAUAUGAAUGUAGCUAGUUAUUCAUUAAGUUUUCAAUUGAAUAAUACUAAUACUAAUAAUAAUGAUGAUAAUAAUUGUUUAUUGGAUAAUAAGAAUCCUUUAAUGUUAAAUAUAUCCCAUUUAACAAAUUCAGGCAAUGAAAUUUAUCAUUCUCAAUCUAAAAUUAAAACUAAUCUUAAUGAUGAUCAACAGAAUAUACAACUGAAUGAAGCUUUGACAAUUUUAACUAUUUUAAGUAAUAAUAAUGAAAACUUGAAGAUUGCUGAUAUUCCACUAGAUAAAUUUAGUACUAAUACACAAUAUCAACAGAAUUAUACUGCUAAUGAACAGAAAACGUUAUAUAAGAAUAAUACUUUACAAUCGAAUACACCAUUUUUAUUUUUUAUUGCAAGUCCAUUGUAUUCUGUUGAAUUUUAUGCAGAAAAUCAGUUAUAUAAGAUACUAAGCAAUAGUGUUAAUAGUAAUAUGACAAUUCAACUCAAUUAUACAGUACCAUUAUUACAUUUGAAUAAAUAUCAAAGUGUUUAUUAUUAUGAAACAACUUGGCGUAUGAAAUGGAUGGCAUAUAACUCUGAAAAAUAUAAUGAAGGAGUAUUAGCCAAUCAAAUACGUUGUGUAUAUUGGGAUGAUCAUUUAGAUAUAAAUGGUGCAUGGAAUACAGAUGGUUGUCAAAUUAUUAAAUCUACUAAAACACAUGUGCAAUGUUCAUGUAAUCAUUUAAGUCUAUACGCUGUAGCAAUGGAAUCAGAAGAUGCACCUUAUAGAAGUGUGCCAAUAUGGAAAGCAUGGGGUACAAAAUCUGAAUCAGAAUGUACCAUGUUGAUGAAUAUUAUUAUUUUUGGAGGGAAUGGUCUAUCGUUGACAUGUUCAAUAAUAUUUCUUCUUACUUUGAUCACUGUAUGGAAGAAGGCUAGUAUACCAGAUAUCUGUUUGACACGUAUGGGUUUAUGUUUGUGUCAAAUAGGAUUUCAUGCUACUUUAUUGAUUGAACCAUUAUUGAACCAAUAUCAGAUACCAUGUCAAGCUAUUGGUGUAUCAUUAAAUCUAUUUGCUAUACUUGUAUCAAGUUGGCUUUCAAACGAAGCAAUAAGUCUAUUCAAAAGUUUUGUAUUAGGUCAAUUAAAAUUAACUUAUUGUUGGACAUGGAUUACAGGUAUUGUUAUACCAGUUUCAUUAGUUUUAAUACCGGCAGUUAUAUCGAAGUUAAACUUACACGGUGUUGUAUGUUUUACGUUAACAUGCAAUCUAGAAACACCAGCAUUUUUACCGCCAAAGAUACUUGAUAGACUAUUCACACGUGUGAAGAAACUGAAUUCAUUAUUAUUGUAUUAUCUCAUAACUUGGAGUCUACUUUUUGUUGUAAUACAAGUGACAAUACCGUAUGUAGUUUUUAUUGCAUUCGCCCUUGUCUCUUUACAGGGAACAUGGAGUUUUGUUAUUUAUGGUUUAGAAGACAGAGAAUUGUUUAAAGCAUGUCUAGGAAAUACGCAAAACCAACAACAAAGUGACAAUAUUUUAGAAACUAAUAAACUGUCAACAGAUCCUGUCAUAAAGAAAAUGGAAAAAGAUGAAUUACACAUAACUAAUCAGUCUACUCAUCAAGAUAACAGUACUGCUGUGAAUCACCAAGAUCAAGAUACUAAAAAAGAUGCACGAAUUCUUCAAAGAAACAAAAGCAAUAAGAAGGAUAUUUAA